GAAGAGGCGAGAGUUGAAUGGCAGAGAUACCAGAAAGAAAGAAAAGAAGAAUGGGAGACAGGAGAGGAAUGGAUACCAAGAGCCCGACUACAUCAACAAAGUGGCCGCUCAUUAAAUCCAAACAAAAUCUGCAGAUUACUCGCCUCAAAGAUACGGAUCUUUUUACUGUGCAAAAUUUCUUCGCAUCUGCUGAAUCGAAGGCAUUUAUUAAAGCUGCAGAGUCUAUUGGAUUUGUCCACCAAGGGAGUCUUGGUCCAACAAAAGGUGAAGCUUAUAGAGAUAAUGAUCGAAUCUCUGUGAAAGAUCCUGUUCUUGCAGAAACCAUAUGGAAGUCUGGACUACACAAACUGUUUUCUGACAUUAAAAUUCGAGGAAAGGUUGCUGUUGGCUUGAAUUCAAAUAUUAGGUUCUACAGGUACAAGGUUGGUCAGCGCUUCGGACGACAUAUUGAUGAAAGUGUUGAUCUUGGAGAGGGAAAGCGCACCCAUUAUACCUUGUUAAUAUAUUUAAGUGGUGGUUUUAAACUUAAAGCAAAAAAUGACACGAGUAGCCCCAAGGAUUCUUCUUCAGAGCCUCUAGUUGGAGGAGAGACUGUCUUCUAUGGUUCAAGGAACGCAGUUGUGGCUGAGGUGGCUCCUACUGAAGGGAUGGCUCUCCUACACAUUCAUGGGGAUAAGUGUAUGCUGCAUGAAGGGCGUAAUGUAACUAAGGGUGUUAAGUAUGUUGUCCGCUCGGAUGUAGUCUUUGCCUGAUCAGUGUGGUCUCUUAGAUUUAGAAGGCUUGUUACAAGCAUCUUGAGCAUCAAUCUAGACGCUGGAGGCUGUUCCCUUAUUUUGAUCUUAGAGAGAAGCAAAGCAUUUGGGACUACCUUUUCUGAUAAGUAAAGACAAAUUCCAUCCUAUCCCCCUCCAGGCCACUACAAGAAAAACCAACACAGGUCACAGGGAGUGCAAGAAGAAUAGUUAGGUUUAAAACUAUCUAGGAAGACAGAGAGUCAGGAAUGCAGUCUUUCAGACAAAAUUUUGGCUGGAAUUUAAAGUGAAGGUCGAGAAUGAAAGAAAAUGAUGAGUUGCUUCCUCAAGUAGCUUCUCUUUUCCCCAUUUCUUGUAAAUAAAAUAUAUACAAUGUAUAUGUGCUUACUUGGAGAUCGUUGAAGAUAUAUACUGUACCGUGAGGCUGAAGCUGACUUAGAAUUUGGUAAACUUUGUACAGAAUCUACAGAUUCUUAUGUUGUGGGCUUUAGCAUUUAAAACUUGUGGUUCUAGAGUUCUUUUUUUAAAUGGUAGGAUGGCUGUUUGGAUGUGUAGAUCAUUUAUGAAUUAAAUUGGUUGAAAAUUUGAGGGCCAUCUGGCUGAUCUUUCAAAAUGUCGGAUGCUGAUGCCUGCUUCAGAAGAUAAAAAUUUGAUCGUGGGUUUUGAUGGGUUGGUGAUGGCAAAAGUUUAGGGGAAACUUUAUUUUUUGGAUAGUUUUUUAAAGGUGCAAGAGAAAAGGGUAGGCUUUAGGGAGAAGGCGAGAGAAGCAAACCUAAGGGAUUGCUGAAGCACUGGCAAACUUAGGCCAAACUUAAGCAUAGGAGGUUUGGAUAGUGAGUUGAAAUGAGAUGAGAUGAGAUGAAAGUUGAAUAAAAUAAUAUUUUUGUUUUGGGAUUUGAAAAGGUUGAAUUGUUUAUUGUAUUUUAUGUGGGAGUUUGGGAAAGUUGUAAUGAUUAGAUGAGAUGAGUUGAUAGGUUUUCUCAAUCAAAACUACCCCUAAAGCAUCCAUGCUUUCAUUAACGCUAACUUGCAUGUUCCCAUAUCAGUUCGAUUUCUUUCAGUACAAUGAAGCAUAUAUAAAUACUUGACUCUUCCUAACCUUACUAGGAAUCCAACUUAUAAAAAAAAAAACUGUACUAGGAGUCCAGGGGACUAGGACUAAGACACAGUUUAGAAAGUCGAAUACGAGCCUAGCGCACGAACUUACACCUGUAAAGCUUUCAAAUACUCCCAGGAAACUCUAUGCUGGAUAAUAUUUAUCACUAAAAAUAUAAAGUUAAUGCAAGAUUAUUACGAAUUUUUAUUUUUCCCUUGCUCAUAAAAAUGCAAACGAUUCCCAGUUUUGCAUCUGCACAUAAUUUUAGAUUUUUAUAAAUUUAAUGCAAGAUUUGUAUGAAAGGUAUAAUAGCUGCUCUUUUACUUUUGGGUUCAUCUUGGGAUUACAUACGGUAUUUUUGUACAUUUUAUUGUUUCGAGGUUUGUUGGUAUCGGAACUCGUUGCAUGAAGGCAAAUAUGACAAUAAAGAUGGUCACUAUAAGUGUGGAACUAUUUGCUUGGGCAACUUGUUCAAAUGAUAGUAUGGUUGUAUUCUCUUUUGAUAUAUAGCUUUUCAUUAUAACAACUCUUUUAUCGUGGUUUCCCCAAAAUGAACUUCAUUGUAUUGCAUCAUCGUCGCUCUAAUAUUAAA